AGCGCGCUCAACGAACGAACGAACGAUCGCUACCAAAGAACCCUCUCUCCCACAGAAACCAAUAUCGACUCUCUAUCCCAAGGCGCCGCCGGAUAGAUACCCCCGGUUUCGCGACAUAAGCGAACUCUUCUUUGCUCAAAGAUGCCGUGAACAAUGGCUUCACGGGUUACAUCGCAACGGGAGCUACGGCAGCGCACACGAUACUCCGCCAGGCCUUUCGCCCUCACCGUACUCGCCAUCUCGGUCAUAGCACUGCUCGCGUGGACGAAACAAGGAAUUGGGCAGCAUUGUAGCGUAUCCGUAGCGCCCGCUCUUUUGAAAAGAGAUGUUGUGAUCCAGGACGAAGAUUGUCGAUUAGUUCACCAUGCCGCCGACCAAUGCGCCUUCGUUCUCGCCAAUUGCCCCGACGAGGAAGCUGGGAUAUUCUCAUACCUCUCACUUUACUACUGCCGCCUCCCGCACGCGAAGCCCGUGGCCUUCAUCAUUCUGGUACUAUGGCUCAGCACCUUGUUCAGUACAAUCGGCAUCGCAGCAAGUGACUUCUUCUGUGUCAAUUUGAGCACUAUAGCGCAUUUGCUGGGCAUGAGCGAGAGCAUGGCGGGGGUCACCUUCUUAGCAUUUGGAAACGGGAGUCCGGACGUCUUUUCCACAUUCGCCGCUUUCAGGACCAACUCGGCAAGUCUCGCGAUCGGGGAGUUAAUUGGCGCGGCAGGUUUCAUCACAGCGGUUGUGGCAGGAUCCAUGGCUCUAGUGCGGCCAUUCAAGGUGGCGCGCCGAAGCUUUGUCAGAGAUGUGGGAUUCUUUAUUGUCGCCGCGAGCUUUAGCAUGGUCUUCCUCUGGGACGGGAAGCUUUCCUUAUGGGAGUCGGCUACCAUGGUCGGAUUCUACAUUUUUUACGUAUGCUUCGUCAUGGUCUGGCACUGGUGGCUGGGGCGAAGGAAGGCUCGAAGACUCCGAACUGCCGCUAUGAGGAGUCACUACGUCCUCCCAGGUGGGGAAGAGGAGGAAAUACCCCAGGAGUAUCAUGAUGAAGACGACGGGCCAGCUACUGAAGGCCGUCGGACUCCACUGCGGGGAGUGUCGGCCGACGACUUCGCCGCGCUUGAACGCGCCGGUUCCGGAGGUUUGAUUGAGGAGGAUGACAAUGAAGAGAUGCGCGAAAGAUGGCUUGGAGAAUUGAACAACAACAUGCGCGUUAGUAGGCCCCCUCUUGGAGCCCGGCGACCAACACACACGCCUAUUCGACCUAGCCUCGUGGGUGCCCUUGAGUUCCGCGCUGUCCUCUCGUCGUUGCAGAGGUCUAGAAAUAUUCAGGCAAUGCCUAUCAGCUUGCGCAGAUAUUCGGAUGACCCAGCAUUCACAACUGCGCAACAGCAGGAUCUCAUUUCUACAACCUCGGACCCUGCACCUCGACCACCAUACGAAGUUCAACCAGGAGUUUCCGAUCAAACUCCGCUCGUGUCUAGACCCACCUCUGAGAUCCAAAAACACCUGGCAAAUCGUGCGAGAGCGGUCUCUACAAAUGAUAUAGAAAAUGCGCGCCUUGAGCCCGACACGCUACGUUAUGGGGCUAUUCCUACUAUCGACUUCGGCCCAGCAUCGCCAGAAGAUAGUGGAAAGGCUCGACCCACCGGUGAGCGCCCGCCACUCUCGCCCACCAUCUCUCUUUCUCCCCCGCCGUCUGAGCGACCCUCAAGAUCGACGAGCCCGGCACCAACCUCAAUUCGACACACUUCUCACAGACUCGCUCCACCUGGCCUCGAUGGCCAUGGAACCUCGGUCCGUCAAGGAACCACUUCGCCAAGUCCUCUCUCCUCCCCUGCAUUAGAGCCCGCAGCGCAUUCAACAUCUCGCCCACCGAAAUUGAUAGUUCCUGGCCCAUCUUCGCCCCCUGUUCCCUUUCCUCCCUAUACGGACUACCCCACUUCCGCCCACAGUUCCUCAAGGGCACCAAGUAUACGCUUACCCUCGCCGAGUGCUUCACCUGAAUCUUUGUACCACGGGGAACAUUUUCUUGGAAGUAGCGAUCGCCCUAAGGUUCCUCGUUGGUGGCCUUCGAAGCUUCUUCCUCCACCGGACAUCCUACUGUCUACCCUGUUUCCUACUUUGACUGGUUGGAAUGAUAAGAACAUUUGGGAGAAGAUGCUGGGUGUUGUUGCUGCGCCAAGUGUCUUCCUUCUCACGGUUACGCUGCCCGUUGUAGAAUCGCAGAGCGAAGACAGCAGCGACGAAGAUCCUAUGUCUCCAAGCCUCAAUCUUCCGGCUGCAUUAUCGCCAGUUAACGGCAGCCUCAACGCGCAUCAGCGUAGUAUGGUCUCAGUGCUCGAGCCAGAGAGUCCAUCAAGCUCGGACGCAUCCAACUCCAAGAUCAGCGUGGGCAACAACAACAACAACAACAACAACAACAACAACAACGGAAGAGACGGUGCCCCCCGAAGCACUGCUAAGGUGCCUGGAAAUCAGCUACAUCACGUUUCGAUUUCGAUUACAGAUCAAGACAACAUCAUACAGUCCCCAGAACAAUUACCUACCAGGCCAUCAACCUCGGAACCGAAGCCGUGGAAUCGCUGGCUUGUAAUUAUUCAGAGUUUCACUGCCCCUUUCUUUCUUGUGCUUAUCAUUUGGGCAAACACCGAGCCUGAACGUCCUUACGCUCUCCUAAGACCUACCUUGUAUGCAUUACUCUCUUCUCUGUGCAUGCUUGGACUGCUUCUCACGACGACAACGCCGGACCGACCGCCGCGCUGGCGCACCUUAUUAUGUUUCCUGGGCUUCGCUGUCAGCAUCGCCUGGAUAAGCACCAUUGCGAAUGAAGUGGUAGGAGUGCUCAAAACACUGGGAGUCAUCCUGAACAUGAGCGAUGCUAUUCUUGGCCUCACGAUAUUUGCGGUCGGCAACUCACUGGGCGAUUUCGUGGCUGAUAUCACCGUCGCGCGCCUCGGCUUCCCGGUUAUGGCUCUCUCAGCAUGCUUCGGCGGCCCGAUGCUCAACAUCCUGCUCGGGAUUGGCCUCAGUGGUUGCUACAUCACCAUCAAAGGCGGCCAGCGGCGCCAUGAAAAGCACCCGGACCGACCGAUCAGGUUCAAGCCAUACCACGUUGACGUCAGCACCACGCUGGUGGUAUCUGGGGCUACUUUACUCGUCACCCUGGUCGGGCUGCUGUUGGCUGUGCCUUGGAGGAGAUGGAAGAUGGACAGGACCAUUGGCUGGGGUCUGGUGGCGCUCUGGUGUGCCAGCACAGUGGCCAACGUGAUUGUUGAGGUGGUGGGUCUCGGUGGCAACGUAAGUUGAGCAGGG